AUGUACUAUAUUGCCAGAAUAUUCGACCCAAUCGGAUGGAUUGCUCCGAUCGUUAUUAAAAUGAAGAUUUUUAUGCAAAAAUUAUGGCUAAAGGGCGUAAGUUGGGAUGAAGAGCUACCGCGUGAGCUAUACAGCGAAUGGUAUGAUUACAGGCAGAACAUCAACAGAAUUUCAAAACUACGUAUACCAAGGUGGCUUGAUUUCACUGACGACAGCAUUGUUGAGCUACAUGGGUUCUCGGACGCGUCCGAAGUAGCAUUUGCAGCAGCGGUUUAUGUGCGGAUACAGCGGAGGGAUGGCGAAGUGUUCACCCACUUAAUUUCGGCUAAAACCAGGGUCGCCCCGGUAAAGCAAAUCACGUUACCGCGGAUUGAGUUGUGCGCUGCACACUUGUUGGUGAAGUUAAUAAUUAAGGUACGACAAUCUUUAAGUUUCGAAGUAGUUGACGUGGUUGGUUGGACAGAUUCGUCAAUUGUUUUGGCGUGGUUGGCAGAUCAUCCUCGCCGCUGGAAAACCUUCAUUGCAAAUAGAACUUCCCAAAUAAUAGACGUCAUACCAGCUGAGCAAUGGCGUCACAUACCGUCACAACACAAUCCUGCAGACCUUGUUACAAGGGGAAUUUGGCCUGCAGAGCUUGUAACUUGUAAAUUAUGGUGGCACGGUCCUGACGUGCUGAUGCAUAAAUCAACGACGCAUACCGAGAAGCCAGCUACGUCACCGAAUGUCAGCAUGGAAGAACGAAAGGUGGUUCAGUCACAUCCAGCUAUCAUACAAAAUUUUUACCUAGUUGAGAGAUAUUCAAAAUACACGCAUCUUUUACGCAUCACUGCACUUUUGUUACGCUUCGUACAUAACUGCAAAACUGGUAGCUCCAAGCAACCGAAAACAGCUACCGGGAUUUCAACCAACGAACUGCAGCAUGCGCAUAACGUAUUGGUGAGGAAAGAGCAAACAACAUACUUUGCACAAGAGAUACGGUUACUAUUGAAAG